AUUAACUUUACGAUAUCGUUUCUAUUAUAAAACGUACUCCUUGACCCGCCGCCCUCAUUCCGCUCUUAGCAGGGGGCGUCUUUACGGGCAUAGUUAACCCAAUUAUGCUUUAGGGGUUGUGCUCUAAGACGAACACCAACUUUUGGGGCGCUUCACGUUCCAGGGGCUGAGUCGACUCGUUAGUGGUGCGUCGUCGCCCGACAUUAACGACGAAGGUUCUGAAACGCAGGCGAAACUUAUCCGCAGGGAUCGGCAAUCAACUGAACCUCAGUACGGCAGUCGAGACCAGCAGCGACCUGUCAUCAACAUGCGCCACCCCCAGCAGCUGUAAUCUAGUCCUUACCUACCCAGGGCCGCAGGAGUGAGCACCAACCGGAAUUAUAACCGUUAUCUAGCAGUCUGUCGCCGGUCAACCAACGGUCAUCAUGGGCCUUAUCAAUCUGGUCAACGAUAAACCCGUGCACCUGGUGCUGGCAAAGGACCGUGUGCGGAGCGUGAAGAGAGGCCACCCUUGGAUCUUCCCAGAGGUGCUUCGAGAGCUUCCCAAGGCCCCCGCCGGCUCACUAGCCCUCCUCAAAACCGCGGACGGCGAAAUCCUAGCCAAGGGCUUCUACGACCCUGCUUCCAAACUCGCUUUCCGCAGCCUGGCACUGCAACGAGAUGGGAAACUGGACGAGCAGUUGGUGGUUGGGCGGUUGGAGCGAGCGGCGCAGUUGCGUGAAGCGCUGUUUGGGCCGAAGUACGAGGAGACUAACGGUUUUCGGUUGAUCAACGGCGAGGGCGACGGUUUGCCUGGUUUGGUGGUUGAUGUGUACGACUAUGCGGCUGUGAUGAAGCUGGACGGGGCAGGCGCCGAGUCCUUCUACAACACUGAGGCCCUGGCGGCCUGGCUCAUGGCCCGCUUGCCGCACCUGCGAACAGUGUUCCUGAAGUAUAGGUCUUCCGGUGGCAACCAGGAAUCUGGGUCCGGAUCCGGAUCUGGGUCUGACGGCGAGGGCUCAUCCGGAUCUCCAGCGGGAACCGCCGCUACUGCUGCUGCUGCUGCAAUAAGGUCGGGGCCUAGUAAAGCCGUCGGUCGGGACCGAGGGUCGCGAGACUCGGGAGCUGCUGGGGCCUCCGCGCCGAAGCGUGCAACAACUUCCGCAGCGCUGUCAGCAACCAAGGGGGCAACAGGAGCGGCAGGGGCUGAGGAGGGUGGCGGCGGUCGCGGUCGGUUGCUGGCAGGGGAGGCUCCGGUGGCCGGGGUGCCGGUGCGCUUCAAGGAGAACGGAGUCGUGUUCCAGGCGGAUAUCGUGCAGGGGCAGAAGACGGGUUUCUUCCUGGACCAGCGCGACAAUCGCUCCUUCGUGGGCCGUCUGGCUCGGCACAAGCGCGUGCUCAACGUGUUCGGAUACACAGGGGGCUUCUCCGUGUAUGCGGGUGUGGGCGGCGCGUCCCACGUGACGACAGUUGAUGUGGGUCGGGCUGCGCUGCAGUACGCAACAGCCAACUGGCAGCUCAACGGUCUGGAUCCCAACCGCCAUGAGGCGGCGGCGGUUGACGCGUUCGAGUUCCUAGAGCUCGCGGCUAAAGCGCGGGAAAAGUGGGAUGUGGUGAUCAUAGAUCCGCCCUCAUUCGCCGCCAGCAAAGCGGCGGUUGAGAAGGCAACGGCCUCGUACACUCGCCUCUUUGCGGCGGCGGCGGCGGUGACGUCACCGUACGGCAGCUUGUCGCUUGCAUCAUGCAGCAGCCACAUCGACUCGGGGGGGUUCAUGGAGAUCUGCGAGGAGGCCCUGGGUCGGUCCCGGCGCCAGAGCUACGUGCUGCGAGCGGCAGGGCAGCCGGCGGACCACCCCUUCCCCGCAGCCGCCUCGGAGCUACGGUACCUAAAGUUCACGACCUACCUUUCGCAUGGAGGGGUGAUGGCCCUAGUAGAGGUGCAGCAUGCAUGCAGGGGUGAAAGUACUUGGUGUUAAACAAAGCAUUCAGCAUAGAAGUGAGGCGAGGAGAGGCGAGGUGGGCAAUGGGUAGCCCCGCCGGGUGGAUUUGGGGGAUGUGUUUGUUUGAAGGCUCCGGUUGCGUGUCUCAUAAAAUAUGGUGUUUUUGCCUCACGCGGCGAUGGAGCCGGUCCCCGUACGUCACAUGCCAUGCUGUCAAGUACCUUGACCCAUGACGGCUGAUGAUGGAUGGCGCUGGAUGGAUGGGGGGGGGAAUGGAAUGCAUGACGGGGUGAUGUAUGUCUCGGCUUGUGGUAGGGAUGGAUGUGGAUUGGACCCUGUACUGGGCCGAGUGUUGGGAGGUUUGGGACAGGGUUCCUCUCAGCUGUAGCUUAGGAUGACACACACCCGACUCUUGACUCCGAUUCCUGUUAAGACGCGGCGUGGAAGGAGUCUGAGAAGGGAGGAAAGAUGGUGAUGCUGCAGGAAUUGAGGGUGAACGAUGGGAGCCACGGCCUAGGAGGCCGGUUUGAUUGCAGGAAUUUCACGGGGAAGGACAGGAUCGACCCGGGGGUCUAUGGGCGGGACGAGCGCGAAUAUCUGCCCUCCAUAAUUCACCGCUUAAACAAUAGGCUUGUAUGUUUUAAAUUAGAGGACGCUAUAAACAGCGUGAUCUAGGAAGGGCGACGAUGCCGUUAAAAGAUCGUUAAGUGCGUGACAGCAAUUGCUGGCUACGCUGAGCGGUGCAACAUGAACGCCCAGCCGUCAACAAGCCGGCUGAAAGGAUCCCGUUGAGCGUCAGCGGAACCGGGUAUGCUUCCCUUCCCUUCGCUCC